AUGGACAAGGUAAUGAGAUUUGCCUCAAAGAAAGGUGUGGUGGUAUUCAGUAAGAGCUCAUGUUGCCUUUACCAUGCUGUCAACACUUUGUUCCAAGAGCAGACGGUCAACCCCAUGGUUCAUGAGCUGGACCAAGACUCUGAAGGAAGGGAAAUGAAGAGGGCCCUCACAAGGCUCAGGUGCAACAACCCGUUGCCCGCCAUCUUCAUCAACUGCAAGCUCGUGGGUUCUACCAAUGAAGUCAUGUCACCCCACCCAAGUGGCAACCUCACUCCUCUGCUAAAGCCUUAUGAGGCUCUAUUUUAA